AAACUAUAAUUGCUCAAAAAUUUCAUUCUCCUUGUCGCACACACCACUGCGAACGGGGGCGGAGGUGUUGGUUCUGCUUGUAAACACACAUGGCUUGGCUUCGCCGGACGAUAUGCGAGCAGCAAGUUCCGCGUAAAAAAUUUGCUUGUUUACUUUACUAUUGUCGAGGCGACCCAAUCAGGAACUGGGCAUAGGAAUUUAACGGUGAAAACCAUUUUUGGGUGGAGACAUGGAGAGACAUUGCAGAACCAGAAGCUUGAGGAGUCGAGAGAUGCAGCCGCCAAGAGUCGGAGAAGCGAAACCUGCCAUUCAAAAGCCGCUGUGCAGACUGUGCGAGUGUCCGACGUCGGACGGCCACGUCCUCGCGUCGCAGGUGGACAGGUUCAAGCUGAGGAAAUGGGCCAUGGAGGUCAUGAACCUGACGGAAGAAGACGAAAACCUGCCGGAAGUGGUUGAAGAAGACGCUUUGAUCUGCUAUUUUUGCAUCUGGCAGGCAGAGUUUGGGGAUGAGUCCGGAGACGAGGCUGUGGCUUGGUGGCCGGAAAACCUUGAUUUGGAAGAAAACGCUAGGGUGUUGCGGGAGAAUUAUUCAGUUGGAGAAGUAGAACAGUGCUGGGUGCAGUUGGAAGAGGUUGAUCUUGCCGAGUACGAAAAGGAAAUCCCUAAGAAAAAGAAAUGCGUCAGUGGAGUUUGUCUUUACUGCGGCAACAGAUUCGAACGACUGAUGGGUCACGUCAAAGCUAUGCACAAAGAAGCCAUCAAAUGCGGAAUUCGGGGCUGCACGACUUACUUUCACACCGAGGAGGAAAAAGAGCAGCACAUGCAGCAUGAUUGUCAUAAAAAACGUGAGAAACCAAACGAAAGCAGCAAAAUUAGUUGCAAAUUUUGUAAAGACAGCAAAUUGUACUCCUCAAGAACAUUGUGGAAGCGGCACAUGAGACGCAUGCAUCCAGAACUGGUGGCGUGCACGCGUUUAGGCUGCAUUGAGUAUUUCAAAUCCAAGUCUGAAAUGCUUCUCCAUGUCGACUCGUGGCACAAACAAGACACAAAUCUUUUCGAGUGCAAGCAAUGCGAAUUUUUCUCCAACUCUAAAUUCGUGAUGAGAAAUCACCAACUGUCGAAGCACAAGCCCAAGAUGUUCAAAUGCGACAGUUGCGACGCCAAAUUCGGCUCAAAACAGUUGGUGAAUAGGCACUUCAAAAAAUUCCAUACUUUCGACGUGUGCAAAUCUUGUGGCCAGGACGUUUCUGUCGGGUACAUGCCAACCCACAGAAGGCCAUCGGCUUGCUCCAAAUGCAAACUCAAAUUCACGUGCUCGGGUUUGUAUCAAUCGCAUUGGAAGAGCUGCAAACAAAACCCCUACAGUUGCAAGGAGUGUGGAGAAUCGUUCAACGAGCGUGGGAAAUUGUAUCGCCACGUGAAAAAAUUUCACACUCUUCGCAUAACUAAGUUACGCUGCGACCAUUGCGACUAUUCUACAAUUACUAAGAGCCACAUGUUGUGGCACAUGCAAUGCAAUCAUCUUCCAAAGACGAUUAAGUGUGCGGAUUGCAACAGAUUGUUUGGUUCUGAAUCAAUUCUCAAUAAUCACAAGUACAAGAUGCACGAGUACGUUCAUUGCGCUGAAUGUGCCCAGGAGAUAAUCCGUCAAAACAUGUUUAAUCACCUGAUCAUCAAGACUUGCCGCCACUGCGAGUGCAAAUUCAAGUGCCAAGGACUUUUGGAAAAGCAUGGCUGUCUGAAUCUGCAGAGCAAUAAUUUCUAUUGUGACAAGUGCCCGAAAUUUUAUAGCAAAAAGUUAUGUUUGUAUUCUCAUAUUGUCACGAAGCACAUUGAUGUCUAAUUAAAAUUUUCACGUAUUGAAUUGUAAAAAUUUACCAGAAAAUAGUCCCUUUUACGCGGUUAUGUUGCUACAGUUUGAAUUUUGGUAUAGGUGUUUUGUGUAAAAUAUCUGAAUAUUAAUUAUUUUGUAUCUACAAAUGUAUUAUUCAUUAUUCAAAUAACAAUAAAAUAUAUCCUUUUCUUUUUA